CGGCCAUUUGAUCGAUCAGCCUGAGUCUCUCUCUCUGGUCUGCUCUUGUGCAAAGGCAGACUGAGCGAUGCCAGGGUCGAGAUGGAGCAGCACGGGUUCUGCGUGCUGGGCUGUCGAAAACCAAGCAAUCAGUGGCGCCAUCGACUCGGGCCCACGAUUCCUCGCAUCAGCGCCCUUCCCUUUCUUCUCGAUCGCCCUCCCCCGACUGCCGUCCAACGCCUUCAACCAUGUCGCUGCUCGCCGCCGGGCUACCGUCCACCCUGGGUGAGGGCGCCGCCCCCAGCCCAGUCGUCCCCGUCAACGUCCGCUCCUACGUCGUCAAGUCCAUCACCCUGUCGUUGGAGCAUCUGAUCUAUGUCCAUUUCAUCUACGUCUACCUGAUGGACCACAGUCUCUUUGCAAUGAUCCUCAGAGCCAUUUGCCAACUGCCCCAGUCGCAAAUGAUGGUCGCAAAGUCGCUCCGGAUCACACUCUACUACAUCUUUAUAGCAAACAUCUUCUUCGUCAUCAAGCACUUCCACGUCGCCUCACAUCCGCCCCUGAUCAUCGACUUUAUCGGACAAGGCGCCCCUUCGAGUCGUCUGUUCUUGAUGUCGAUGGACGUAUUCAUAGCCUUGCUGCAGCUUGCGCGAGUUUUCAUCAUCCACUCGCAAGUACUCUUCGCAACGGAUCAUCAGAGGCGGAAUACUCCAAAGCCCACCCGGCCAACGGCUGCAGCUCUUGCUCCGCUCCCAGAGGAUAGCGACUCGGAUGAGCAAGCGGCACCGUAUCCAUCAGCAUCAGCAUCAGCAUUAGCAUCAACAUCGCACCGGCUGCCGUCGGCGCCAUACUCGCCAGCAUCGACUUCAUACCCGCCGGCAUCGACAUCAUCCCAACAUCGCAGUGGCAUUUCCUCAGCCUCACUGAGAGACAUUGAGCGUCAGCCACUCCUUGAGAAUGCCACCACGUCGUCACCAUCAUCACCAUCGUCACCAUCGUCGCUGUCAUCCUCGUCGCCUGGGGCCCUUCCGCCUCUUGGAAGCUCGGGCCAGCAACCGUUCAAUGUGUCCGCCGCCUCAUCUGGAUGGCGCACCGCUGAGCUCCGGCCGGCAGAUCCAGCAACACCUACAAUGUCAAGACGGUAUACCGCCGGUGCCCGGGAUGCGAACGGGGAGCCUGUGCGGGCAUCGGCCUUGCUAUCACAGGCCACACCCAUAUCGUCACUGGCGUACGGAUCCAGCGACGUCAUCUCCCAACAUCUACAAGCCUUUAUGCCCUCGGCACGAGCACAAUUCUUGGAGUCUGGCUCUGAACUGGAAGAGGGCCUCGAUCUGUAUGAAGGACCGCGAGAUGAGGCCGAGGCGGCGCCGGAUGGAGGCCCUGCCGAUGUGCCGCUGGACUACUUUGCCCGAGUGAUCCUGGUGGAUGUCGACGUCCAGCGAUCCUGGGCCGUCAUCCGCCACGGCUAUCACCAUCCCAAUGGCACUCAAUCGCCCCUCAGGUUUCGAACCCCGAGAGCAUGGACCAACUCGCGCGGGCUUCCUGUCUAAAAUGAAAUACACACUCUCACAUCUUGCUCGGACAAA